CCAUGCGCAGCCCGUUUUCCUCUUCCUCCCCUCAUUUCAAGAUCGAGUCAUAGGCAAAAGGCGGAUCUGCUCGAUUUUCUUCUCAAUUUUAAGUACAAAUACCUACCUCAGACACAAUGUGCCCCUCCUGCGAACCUGAAGCUGCCUCCAAUGGCAAUGGCUCUGCCAAUGGGUCUUCAGUUGGUGCCAAUGGUGCCAAUGGCUCAAAUGGUGCUGACCACCCAGGCUUCACCGCUAUCGAGACCAAAGCAAACCCCCACCCCACCCGACACAACCCAUACCAACCAGUUGGCGAUUUCCUGAGCAAUGUCUCGAGAUUCCAGAUCAUUGAAAGUACUCUGCGUGAGGGUGAACAAUUUGCAAAUGCCUUCUUCGACACUGAGAAGAAGAUUGAGAUUGCCAAGGCGUUGGAUGAUUUUGGUGUGGACUAUAUUGAAUUGACUUCUCCUGCUGCAUCUGAGCAAUCAAGACUUGAUUGCGAGGCCAUCUGCAAGCUGGGAUUGAAGGCCAAGAUUCUCACACACAUUCGAUGUAAUAUGGAUGAUGCCCGAAUUGCUGUCCAAACCGGUGUUGACGGAGUUGACGUCGUCAUUGGCACUUCUUCCUACUUAAUGGAACACUCCCACGGCAAGGAUAUGACUUAUAUCACGAACACUGCCAUUGAGGUUAUCAACUAUGUCAAGUCACACAACAUUGAAAUUCGAUUUUCUAGCGAGGACUCUUUCCGAUCAAGCCUGGUUGAUCUUCUCUCAAUCUACUCCACGGUCGACAAGAUUGGUGUCAAUCGAGUGGGUAUCGCAGAUACAGUCGGCUGUGCUUCUCCAAGACAAGUUUACGACCUGAUCAGAACUCUGCGAGGUGUUGUCAGCUGUGACAUCGAGACGCAUUUCCACAACGAUACAGGAUGCGCCAUUGCAAACGCAUACUGUGCUCUGGAAGCUGGUGCCACUCACAUUGACACUUCAGUUCUUGGAAUUGGUGAGCGAAAUGGUAUUACUCCUCUAGGUGGUCUCAUGGCCCGUAUGAUUGUUGCCGAUAGGGAAUAUGUUAUGGGCAAGUACAAGCUCGACAAGCUCAAGGAUAUCGAGGAAUUGGUUGCCCAAGCUGUUGAGGUCAACAUCCCAUUUAAUAACCCUAUCACUGGAUUCUGCGCCUUCACACAUAAGGCUGGUAUUCACGCCAAGGCCAUCCUCAACAACCCUUCGACAUACGAGAUUAUCAACCCAGCUGAUUUCGGCAUGUCAAGAUAUGUUCAUUUCGCUUCUCGUCUGACUGGCUGGAACGCCAUCAAGUCAAGAGCAGCACAACUGAACAUUGAGAUGACUGAUGACCAAUACAAGGAGUGCACAACCAAGAUCAAGGCUCUUGCCGAUAUCAGACCCAUUGCUAUUGAUGAUGCAGAUUCGAUCAUCCGUGCAUUCCACCGAAGCAUCAAGCUAGGCAAGGAGGUUGACCUUCUGCCCAACAUGACCAAUGCCGAGAGAGCUUUGCUGGCUGAGAAGGAGAAGGAGAUCGAUAUACCCGAGAAGAGAGCCCUUGACGAAGCCGCCGAUAUGCCAACCAAGAAGGCACGAAACGGUGUCACUGCAUAGAUCGCAAAUUCAUAGAUCUAGACCAUAGAUCUGGACAAAAAUUUCGUUGUAUCAUGGAAGGAGCAUACUUUGGGGGGUUCUGAAGUUUCCAGAUUUGGCUAUCAAAAGUCUCAAAAAGCGGAUUCUUUCAUCUAACAAGUGGAUACUCUGAUCACUGCUAGACUAAUCCAUAUGGGGGGUUUGUGGAUGGCGUUCUUUCUGACUUCAUAUUGCUGUGUAUGAUCACGGCCGAUGGGACUUUGAAACAAUAAGAUCAAGACAAUGAAAAUAUUACUUGAA